GGAGCAAAUGGACCUCUCUGACUUUAUGUACCUUUCACAAAGGGAAUACCUGAGGAUACGCAGAUCCGAUCUGGACCGAUGAGGCCAUUGGAUGUAGCAAAUUUAUUUUUCUUCCACUGCUGCAUUUAAUUUCUCUAGUUUAGCUGUCUUCUUGUUUUGUUUUUUUUGUUUUUGAAUCCAUAUCAGGGGAUUUUUGGUCCCGGACUGAUUUGAUUAGCGAGCGUUUUCAAAAAGGAGAAGACGACGACUUCAGUGCUGAAAUCAUGAAUCUGAGGCAGCGAAUUAAACUGCUGAAACACUUUGGCUCUGAGCCCCCGGAGCCAAAACCCCCACUGCUGGUGGUGCCUAAACCAGGAAUGGAGGAGUUAACAAUAUGGGAGCAACAUACAAUAACUCUGCACAAAGACCCCAAAUUUGGAUUUGGUUUUGCCUUGUCUGGAGGCAAAGACAAACCUAAUUUAGACACCGGGGAUACAGCUGUGGUGGUGUCAGAUGUUCUGCCAAAUGGACCAGCCAUGGGCCGACUUUUCAACAAAGACCAAAUCGUCAUGGUCAAUGGAGUUCAAAUGGAAAAUGUUUACUCUAACUACACUAUUCAGGUCCUUAAGACAUGUGGCAAGAUAGCAAACAUAACAGUAAAGCGCCCUCGAAAGAUCCAGAUCCCRGCCACCACCAGACCCACCCGUGCAGCCUCCCACUCCAACCUGCUGGAUCAGGAACCUCCCAGGCGAACACGACGGUACUCGGACGGCAGCGACCAACGUGACGCAAGUCGCUACGUUCCCCAGAGGUCUUCGCCUGACCGGAACGGGUACGGAAACACGCUCCCGCUGUCAUCGGGGUACAAGAGGCUGCCGCAGAACUCCAGUCCAGACAAACCCAUUAAAGCAACUUUGGUUAAGAAGAAAGUCACGGAUGAAUACGGACUGAAGCUAGGCAGUCAGAUUUUCAUAAAGCACAUGUCAGAAACUGGCCUUGCUGCAAGAGAAGGGACACUGCAGGAGGGAGACCUCAUUCUUAAAAUUAAUGGCAUGACAACAGAGAAUCUAUCACUUCUUGAGACAAAGCACCUGGUGGAGAAGAGCAGGGGCAAGCUGACCAUGACCGUCCUCAGAGAUGACCGCAAGUUCCUGGUUAGCAUCCCCGAAGUGGAAGACAGUGCCCCCAACAGUGAGAACGACCAACGCAAAGACAGCAGCUCGGAGCUGGAAGACAUAUCCGACAUCGAGGAGGACAUCGCUCCUCGCAGAACAUCACGACAACAAACGAGAGAGAAACGGACUCGCAGAACCAGAGCUGAACCACCUCCACGGAUCAAGUCUCGGGACUCUUCACCUGUGCGCGCUACACGUACUCAUGCAAAAACCCACRCCCCUCGCAGAGUGCCAUCUGAAUCUGAUACUGACCACAGUGCYACUCCUCCUCCUCCUGUCAAAAGAAACGGCUCAGAGACUAAAGACCCUUCCAGCAAAUACAAACACCUGUCAGGACUGCCCAUCCUCCCAAACCCCCAGUCUUCUCCUGUUCACCCCACCUGGACCACGUCUCGGCCCUCAUCCUCCGCCUCACGCCCCCGCAAGCCUGUGUCGGAGUCCGACUCGGACCGCAGCGUGUCCCCGCCCCUACGCAAAGAAAGCCCCCAAAUAGACAACAGAUACAAGUCUCUUUCUGAGCUUCCCCCUGCUGAUCUGGGAUCUUCCCCCAUUCCUGUUCGACAGGAGCCGCUGAGGAGGGUCAACUCACCUGUUAGAAUCCCACCCCCAGUUCAGUCGGAUGCAGCAUCAGACGCCAGUUAUGCAUCCGUCCCACCCAGGACCUCAUCAGAGAGUGAAAACUCUGACAAAGCCAACAACAAACCCAAAAACGUUAAGAAAUCCUCCCUUGCUUUAAGCAAAGCAAAGCAGGAUCGUGUGAAAUCCCCCAGCAGACCCCCUCCUGAUGAUUCUUCAGAGUCUGAUGAGCUUUCACAUCUCAGGAGGUCUGGCAGCUCUGAGCGAGGGGACGACCGUCGCCGCAGUGCUCGUCGUACUGCCAAUGAAAGYCAUACUGUGCCAUCUGGGAUUUCAGUGAAGAACAACCCAUUACUCCAAUCCAAGCCUUUGGAAGAGCCCCUCUAUUUCCUACCUCCAGACUCUAUCCCAUCAUCUAAUCCAGAGUACAGCUCAUCUGUGCAGGCUGUGAAGUUUCUUAAACAGCAGAGUUUGGGUCUGAGACUUGUGGGAGGCAACGAUGUGGGUAUCUUUGUGGGUGGAGUUCAGCCAAACAGCCCGGCAUAUGAACAGGGAAUGAAGGAGGGAGACCAGAUCUUACAGGUAAAUAAGGUGGAUUUUGGCCAUUUUACACGAGAAGAAGCUGCCAACUUCCUCCUCAACAUCCCACCAGGAGAGCAGGUGGAAAUCUACACUCAGAGGAAGAUGGACAUUUAUAAGAAGAUCAUCAAAUCCAACCUGGGGGACAACUUCUACAUCCGGACGCACUUUGACCAUGAUACCACUGAUGCCAGAGGUCUAAGCUUCACCAGAGGAGAGGUUUUCAGGGUCAUGGAUACGAUGCACCGUGGUAAGAUAGGCAGCUGGCUCGCCGUUCGCAUGGGAAACGACCUACAUGAGAUGGAUAAAGGAAUUAUUCCCAAUCAGGACAAAGCAGAGAAACUGGCUACUAUUGAGCGAACUCAGCGGUCCACUGUAGAAAGACAGGUCCCGGGGCCGAGAGCAGAGUUCUGGAAACUGCGGGGGCUUCGUGGAAAUAAAAAGAAUGAGAAGAACAGACGGAGUCGGGACGACCUGCUGCAGCUCACCAUUCAGGGCAAAUUCCCAGCGUACGAGAGAGUCCUGCUCAGGGAAGCUAAUUUCAAACGACCUAUUGUCAUUCUGGGUCCUCUGAAUGAUAUUGCCAUGGAGAAGCUGGCCAGAGAGAUGCCUGAUGAUUACGAGGUGGCAGAGAUGGUUCCUCGCGGUGGAGGAGACAGCAGCUCCACAGUGAUUAAACUGGACACAGUGAGGAGAAUAGCAGAGAAGGACAAGCACCCCCUGCUGGACAUCACUCCCACUGCAGUGGAGAGGCUCAACUAUAUUCAGUAUCAUCCUAUGGUGCUGUUCUUAGAUCCUCGCAGCCGCAAAGAUGUCAAGGCCAUGAGGCAGAAGUACAACCCCAACUCGAACAAGAGCUCUAGACGUCUUUACACACAGGCCCUGAAGAUGAGGAAACACUGUAGCCACCUUUUCUCAGCUCGUGUUGACCUGAUACCCGGCUCCAACAGCUGGUAUGAUGGGCUGAAGGAAAAGAUUCGCCACCAGCAGUCCAAACCUGUCUGGGUGUCUGAAGUCACGUUGGAGAGCGGACAGGACCAGGAUCUCGAUGCUCUGGACCAAAACCAGACGGACUACCUCAGCGCUGCCAGCGACCUGGAGGACACUGACGGAGAGGCCUUCACCGAUGAGGCCUACACGGACAACGAGGAUCUGGAAGAGGCCUAUCCCGGUCAGCAAGCCAACAGACACCCGCCCAGCUCCAGGGAGGCCGGAGCCGCUUUAGCCCGCUCCUCUGAGCCGGCUUUCAGGCACGACAGCCAGUCAGUUGAACCGGAGGCCAGUGAUGACGCGUACUCUGRGAGAGAGCGCCCGCCUUUGAUGCACGUUCCUGAGCCCAGGUCACCUCGCCAGGAGAGCUACAGCCCGCCUCAGAGCCCUGCACAGGAGGACGACGACGAUGCAUCUCAGCGCAGUUUUUCAGAUUCUGAUUUCAACGCUCUGGACGUGACACCACAGACUCCCUCAGAUGGACCUCCAGAUUUUGUAGCCCCCGACCCCAUGACUUCCUACUCUGUGGAUGAGCCUUCGUACAAUGAGGAGCAGCCGGAGAGCUCCCGGAAUGCUAACCUGUCUGCGAUAGAGAAGAAACUAGAACAGACACGGAUGGCAGAGCCGCAGGCGGAGCCGGAGCCAAAAAAAGGCCCUGCGUUCAUCGUGUUGGCCCAUCACCACCAAGCAGUCCAGUACAGACGCACACAGAUCCGGGGCAGCGACAGCUCUGAGGAUGAGGAGGACGUGGACGAAGACGAUGACAUUGAAUGGGGUCCUGCUACUGAACUCUAGACCAAGCUGAGGAUUGAGCCGGCCGACUUCUGAUCAAACAGAUCUUGUGAUGUUUUCACUUCAUUAACAAACUCUCUUCUUAGACUUUUUUUUUGUUAGUUUGUUUUUAUAAAAAGUACCUUGUUGUUUGGUGUGGGAGAAUAUUAAAGAUUACUGCAACUAUUAACAGCAAGUACAACGAAUUAAAGAUCAAAAGUGCCUGA